GUCGCUCAUGUUUUAUUUCGAUCGUCGACUAAAUGUUUAAGCAAUGCUACCUGCCAAUCAAAUGACACGUUGGCUGGUCGGAGGUUUCAUCGGGACAAUUCUGGUCGCCUGUUAUCAACUUAGCGGUUACUUGGAUCAGCAGCUACUCAAUUAUAAGCAUUUCUUUCAUAGUCAGGUUAUUUAUGGAAAUUCGUUGACACCGUCGUCCGGAUGUGAAGCACAAAAUGGCAAAAAGUCAAUCAUAUUAUAUUGGACUAAAUACUACGAUGAAGUUGAUUUUGGAAAUGCCGGGCUCGGAGGGAAACCAUUCGCUCACUGCGGUGACGAUGGCGGGUGUCUGGCGACAACCGAUCGAGGUCUGCUGAACGACAGCGACGCCGUCAUCUUCCAGGCACGCAGCAUCAAUCUCAGUGACUUGCCUAAAUGGAGGCGGCCUCAACAACAUUUCAUCUUCUUUGAAGUCGAAUCACCCGCACACGUCUACAAGUUUAAAGAUUCGUUCUUUCGGGACUAUUUCAACCGAACCAUGACGUAUCGGCGUGACUCUGACGUCGUCUAUCUCCAAACUCACGGACGAUUGAGGUGCAUCAACGAGUCAUCGUCCUGCGUCGACUUCCCGCUGGCCGCCAAAUCCAACAUUCAAAUCGAUUCCGAUCCGGCGGAUCGAUUCCCCGUCAAUCUGACGCUGAAAAACCGAACGGCCGCUUGGUUCGUUUCCAACUGCCAUUCCGACGGAGUUGGGGGAUCGUGGCGUGAAUAUCUGGUGCGCAAUUUGUCUCAAUUCAUUCCGGUGGACAUUUACGGCGGAUGCGCUACGGAGGAAGCGAAGAAAUGUCCCAAUCGACCCGCUUGCAACCCGAUGCUCGGUCAAUAUUAUCGGUUCUAUUUGUGUUUCGAAAAUUCACUGUGUCCGGAUUACGUCACGGAGAAAUGCUACCGACCGCUGGCGUACGACACGGUGCCAGUGGUUUACGGCGGAUCCGAUUAUUCCCUAUUUUUUCCGGCCGGAUCCUACAUCAACGCCUUGGAUUUCGACAGUCCCGAGAGUUUGGCGAAUUAUCUCAAGAAAUUGAUGACCGACGACGAGCUCUACCUGAGUUACUUCCGCUGGAGACGGAAGUAUGUGGUCGAUCUGGCACCUAAAGAUUCGUGGUGUCAGCUGUGUCGGAUGCUGAGAGAUCCGGAAACGAAAUCUAAAACUUACGAUAUUGCACCUUGGUGGUCUGGCGAAUUGAUCAACCACACCUGUUUGUUAUCGCCGCCCAAAUCUCUUGUUUUUACUUAAUGCAGAUAAUAAUUAUAUUGAUUUUUUUAAU